AUGACUUCAAACCUUUUCAAGCCCCUCAAGAUCGGCAAAGCACAACUAGAAAACCGCAUUGUCCUCGCUCCCCUCACCCGUUUCCGCGCAGACGAUAGCCAUGUCCCUCUGCCUUUUGUUUCCGACUACUACGUCCAACGAGCCUCAACUCCAGGCACACUCCUGAUCACAGAAGCGACUUUUAUAGCCCCACACGCCGGUGGAAUGCCAAACGUGCCCGGCAUCUGGAACCAAGACCAGAUUGAAGGUUGGAAGAAGGUUGUCGAGGACGUACACGCGAAGGGCUCUCUUAUCUACCUACAACUAUGGGCAUUGGGACGAGCAGCCAAUGAAGAUAACUUGAAGGCGGAGUUAGGGCCUAGUGCCACGGUCAAGAGCAGCAGCAAUAUUCCAAUCGAGGGAUCAACGGUACCGACGCCCCUCACCGAGGACGAGAUCGUGGAAUACGUUGGGCUUUAUGCACAAGCGGCAAAGAAUGCCAUUGCUGCAGGCUUUGAUGGGGUAGAGAUCCAUGGUGCGAAUGGGUACCUAGUCGACCAAUUUACUCAAGAUGUUUCGAACAACAGGACGGACAAAUGGGGCGGCAGCGUGGAAAACCGAGCAAGAUUCGGCCUUGAAGUUGCCAGUGCCGUGGUCAACGCUGUAGGCGCUGACCGGACUGGUAUCAGACUGAGCCCGUAUUCGAGCUUCCAGAGCAUGAGAAUGCAGGACCCGGUUCCACAAUUUAGUUAUUUGGUUCAGGAGCUGAAGAAGUUGAAGCUGGCGUACCUCCAUCUAGUGACGCCGCGAGUUUCUGGUAUUUUUGAUGCUGAGACAACCGAGACCGUUGACUUCUUGGUCGAUAUCUGGGGAAAGACAAGUCCCGUUCUCCUUGCCGGGGGCUUCACGCCUGAGCUAGCACUCAAAACGGUGAAUGAGGAGCAGUACAAGAACAAAGAUAUUGCCAUUGUGUUUGGACGGUAUUUCAUUUCGAAUCCGGAUUUGGUUUUCAAGAUCAGAGAGGGGAUUGCGUUGACGAAAUAUGAUCGCAGCACGUUCUAUAAAAACCAGUCCAUAGACGGCUACACCACAUAUCCUUUUAGCGAGGAGUUUGAGGCAAGGAGUCGGGUACAGGCUUUGAAAAUAUAG